AUGUCAGGUAACAUUGAGCUAUUUAAUUUGAAUGAUGGAGAUGAGCUUGUCUCCCCAGCAUUGAUUCUUCAUGGCAAAGUAAAUAAUGACGAAAAUGGCAAAUCUAUUAAAGUGUUUCACCCUCAAUUGCCAUCUCUGUCGUACCCUAUUAAUGAAAACCACUUCAGAGCUACUGUCAUAUUAACUCCAGGUGAAAAUAAAUUCACUUUAAGUACAGAUACAGGAAAUAGUACAAGCAUUAUUAAGGUUAAUUACACACCAAUGUUAAACGAUCAACCGAUUCAUUUAUGUCUCCUAGUUGCUAAAGAUUCCGAAUAUGUAUAUGACUCUCCAAAGACUCAGAUAGAGAAAGAAGGUGGCCAUGGUUUGGAGCUCGCCAUUAAGAAAAUGAAACUAGGUGGCAGAUUAAUGCAAGCAUAUACCAAUGAACAAAUGUUACGUAAUGGAUUUGGUAACAGAACCUUUCAAUUUGUAGAAGAAUUUGCAAAGGAUACUUUGUUUAAAUCUCAGCAAGCAAUGAGAUCAACAAUCAAAGUUCAUAUUUUACACAGUGACAGGACUGUAAGUGAGAUUCGUGAUCACGAUGUUGCUCAACAAAAUAGAUCAGCAAAGAGAUCCGGUGCUCUGUAUGAGUUCGCAAUGGAAGCUAUGGUUAAAUAUGGUGGCCCAUUCGUAACUAGUGAAAAACCAGUUCAGGCUGCUGUUAUGUUUAUGGAUGCUCAUUGGGAUAAAAUAUUCAUCACAGGUCAUGCUGCACUGGGUGGUGGUAAUGAUAUGUUCAAACUAGCCAUAUUUGGUUCCCACGGUUUAUAUUCGUGGCCAUCAACUAUGGAGGAUAUUGUCGAAUAUUUCACUGACAGUACCCUUGUAUCUAAGGAAGAGGUUGCAAAUGACAAUGAUGAAUGUGGUUCUCAUUGGGAAUGUUUAACUGUAACUUUAGGUGCUUUCUUGCAUGAAAUUGGCCACUCACUUGGGUGUCCACAUCAAGAAUACGGUGUUAUGUUAAGAGGUUAUCCUGUCUUUAAUAGAUCUUUCUUGACUAAAGAAGCCUUUUCAACCAGAACUAAUAGUUAUGGUGUUGCUGCCCCUAUUGCAGAUGAUACCGAAUGUAGAUGGCAUAGACUUGAUUUAUUAAGAUUUUUAUAUCAUCCUUCGUUUACACUACCUUCUGAUUAUUAUGAUGAGACAUUCUCCAGACCUAGUAAAAUAGGUUCUUUUACUUCUCCAAGAGCAUCUGUUUUCCCAUUAGGCGAGAAAACCUGUCAAAUAAAGUCUGAUACCGGUGUAUAUUCCAUUGAAAUAUUUUGCGGUGACUUAGCUCAUGGAUAUUUUGAAUAUUUACCAAAGUCUUUGGGUGGCACUGGCCCACAGAAAAAUAUUACUUUGACUUUAGAAGAUUUUCAUAAGAAAAUUCCUGACCAUUUAUUAGCUAAAUUUGGUAAUUCUUUUGGUGUUAAAAUAUUAUCUAUUAACGCUCCGGAAGCAUAUAUUGAAGAUUUUGCCUCCUUAUUGAACGUUGAGUAUAUAUCAAUGGGCGAUUAUGGAUUCGAUGAAUCAAUUAAAGGCAUUAAAUCAAUUACAUUUGGUAGUACUACAGCAGGAGAUUCUACUGGAAUAAUAGCAUUUGACUCAAGAAAAGUGAACUGUGUUAGAGUUUUCCAUGGACAUGCUUUAGAUGGUUUACAAGUCUUUUCAAAAGGAGCUGUUGCUACAUUCGGUAAUGAAACUGCUAAAUUUACCGAUUUUGAAAUAGAAGAGGAUGAACAUAUUACAGGUUUUAAUGUAAGAUCAGGUCAAUGGAUUGAUGCAAUUCAAAUUUUAACUAGCAAAGGCCGUAAAUCUGAAAUGUUAGGUAAUCCUACUGGUGGUGGAUUAGGCUUAUUGUCUCCACCUGAUGGAUUCCAUAUCCUUGGUCUGCAAGGUACAAUUUCUCAAUGGGUUCAAGGUGUAGGUAUCAUUUAUGGUGAAUUGAAUUAG